AUGACUGGGAGAGAGAGAGACUUGGGGACUUGUUCCAAUGGUGGAGGCAGUGACUUCCCUGAUUCCGACUGCAUUGGGCCAGAGUUCAGGCCCAGGAUUGAGGUGGAGGGUAGCGAAGGCUCUAAGCCUGUUCCCGCUGUCAGGAAAAGUCAACUUCUUUACAACCUGGCACAGAAAAAAACAGCUGUCCAGUCUUCAACCAGUAGCAGUGUAAGUAUUGCUGGUAAGGCAGUCGAUGGAAACAGAGAUGCAAGCUUUCAAAGAGGCUCUUGCACACUUACCAAUGCAGAAUCUAAUCCCUGGUGGAGGGUAGACCUGGUAAAUGUGUAUACGAUUGGGACUGUAAUGAUAACCAACAGAGAUGAAUUCGAAAACAGGCUGGAUGGUGCUGAAAUCUGGAUUGGAAAUUCAACAACAAUCAGUGACUCUAAAAGCAUCAGGUGUGCCGUCGUCUCUCAUAUUCCCAGAGGACAAGCAUCUUACUUUCCAUGUAACUCUGUGAAGGGACGCUAUGUUACUGUGUUUCUACCAGGAAGUGCAAAGGUCCUGAGUCUCUGUGAGGUUGAAGUGUACUACGGAUACCCAUUACCCAAUGUGGCACUCAAAGGAGAAGCUACCCAGUCAUCCACACUCUCUUUUGCCACUGCGUCCAAAGCCAUCGAUGGCAGACGGAACUCGUUCUACAGCGAUGGGUUCUGUAGUCACACAGCUAAAGACGAGACCAACCCCUGGUGGAGGGUGGAUCUGCAGCGAAGCUUUACAAUCACUGCUGUAAAAGUCACCAACAGAGGAGACUGCUGUGCUGAAAGACUGGAUGGAGCUGAGAUCAGAAUAGGAAACUCACUGGAGAACAAUGGAAACAAUAAUCCCAGGUGUGCUUCCAUCUCACAUAUCAAUGCGGGUAAAACCUACACAUUCCAGUGUGAUGGAGGCAGCAUGGAGGGUCGCUUUGUGAACGUGUUUCUUCCUGGACAGAAGAAGACUCUCACCCUGUGUGAAGUGGAGGUGUAUGCUGCCCCAGCAGUGGAGCCGCUUCAAAAUGUGGCCUUAAACAGAGAAACAGUACAGUCAUCGACUUGGUAUGGGCCAGUGUUUGGGCCUUCAAAAGGUGUCGAUGGAUGCAGAAAUGGAGACUUGUGGCAAAAAUGCAGUACUCAUACUGCAGAAGAUCUGGGUCCCUGGUGGAGAGUAGACUUGUUGGCUGUCUAUAAAGUCAGUGCUGUCACCAUCAUCAACAGACAGGAUGAUUUUAUAGAAAGGAUUCUUGGGGCACAGAUCCUGAUUGGGAACUCGCUUGAGCAAAAUGGCAACCAAAACCCCAGGUGA